AUGCGGCCCGUGAACGACAAACGGGUCACCCAAAUUUUUGUGGAGACAGUUCCUGCUCCCAGAAAAUCCGCCGCUGAUGCUGAAGCUGUGGUGCCAUCACCACCUGAGCUCAACGCUAAACGCUGGGGAGAGACCUCAUCUAACGGGCGCCUGGUCAAAAAAUCCUCGGCUCCGUCUUCCAUAGAGCCUGGCGGUAAGACUCUACGGAGCUUUCCACGAGCCUUGGCUCUUCCGAAGAUUAGUGAGUCAGGAGACAGUGCCGGUUCAGAUCUAGUUAUACGACAGGAGCCUCCCUGGAAGACUUUCGAGAAAUGCUACGAGUGCGAUCUGGCUGGCACCGUUGCUGUAUGCGUCCAACGCUCUGGUCGCCGUGCCGUCCGGGCGAUCCGCCAGUAUCCGAGCAAGGAUGCAAACAGAAUAAUGGACAUUCUCCGUGGGAUGCAUCACAAAAAUGUGGUCGAGGUUCGGGAGUGUUUUCGUGACUCCCAUUCCUUCUAUACUCUCAGCAACUUCAACCCUCUCACCCUAGAUCAUAUUGUCGCAUGCAAAGCCUUCCCAAACCAGCAACAGCUCGCCGCCAUUAUGUCUCAGGUCCUUCCCCUCUUCCCCCAGAACACAAGGAUUACUAACUAUCUCUCAGUUCGUGGAGGGAUUAUCCUAUCUCAUGGAGCAAAAUCUCCAGCACACCUCCCUUGA